CGCGGGGUCGCUGUGGGCGCUGAGGGGGCGGCGGAGUGCGAGCCGCACUGAGGGCGGGCUGAGGGGCCGCGCCGGGUCCCGGUGCCCUUGUGCCCUCACACCGCCCCGUUCCGCUACCCCCGGCGGCUCCCUCUGUGCCCGCCCUGCUCCCGCCUGGGUCACGGUGCCCUCGGGUCUCGCCCGCUCCGUGCCGCCGGGGCCGGCCCCGCAGCACGGGGGACCGACGGGGGCUGUCCGCCAAGGGCAGGGGAUCUGUGGGGUUUUGGGGCCUGUUUUUCGAGUCUCUGAGGACCGGAGAGCGGCGACUGCAGGGCUGGCAGCGGGGCCCCUGGGCUGUGGCACCAUGUCACGCCGCGCGUGGGCUCCCCUUGGCAGGAAAGGGAAAUAAACCGCUAAUGAGAGGGUGUAGUGCUCCCAGCAGCGUGGCCCAUUGCCCGAGGCAGUCUCUGCGAGGCUCCUUCCAGCGUGCUCAGAACACGCUCAGGGGACACUGCCAGAGCCGCCGCGGCCCGGCCAUGUCCCCGCUGCCGGAGGCGCAGCUGGUGCGCAGCUCGGUGCAGCUGUACCGGUACCUGCUGCGCUGCUGCCGCCGCCUGCCUCCGGGGCCCGUCCAGCAGCACUACAGACACGCCAUCCGGCAGAGUUUCAAAGUCCAUGCUGAUGAAGAUGAUCCUGAGCGAAUCCAGCAGAUUAUUAAGAGAGCCAUUGAAGAUGCUGACUGGGUGAUGAAUAAAUAUAAAAACCAGAAGUAGAAGAGGAAGGAUGAAACCAAGGAAGACAUUGCAGCUUCUGAGCCAGCUUGGUUUGGGUGCUUCACAGAAUCAUUCAGGCAAAAGACUUCCAACCCAUGGAGUGUCAGCUGUGCCAAAUCCCCACCUUGUCCCCAGCCCAGAGCACUGAGUGCCACAUCCAGGCCUCCCUUGGACACCUGCAGGGAUGGGCGCUCCAAACCUCCCUGGCCAGCCCCUGCCAAUGCUUGACAACCCUUUCCGUGAAGAAACUCCUUCUGAUGUCCAACCUGAACCUCGCCUCCCCUGGCACAGCUUGAGCCUAUAUCACUACCCCAUAUUAAAUACUUUAUUUCAGCUGCAGCUGCACAACUUCAGACUGAGUGGCCUCAUUACCUUUGGGCUUCCUUCUGCUGGGGUUCUGCAUCAUCUGUUUAAAAAACAUUGCACUUAAUAUCUUUAUAUCGUUACACCUUAUAUUUUGCACCAUGUCUGGUAUUCAUUCUUGUUGAGAGGAGUUUAAAACUGCUGGUGUUUUGAUUAAUAUUCUCCCCUUCCACAGAAUGGAUUUUAAAAGAUGCAAAAUUGACAAUAAAUUCUUGUGGCUCAUGAGGUUGACUCAUGUUCUGCAUUAAGUAAAAUUACACAGGAUCUGGGAUUUUCUCAGUCUUGCUUCAAUUUCUUAGCAGUCAUUUCACCUACAGAAAGUAGGCUGUGUCUCAGCUAGUGUGAAACAAGGAACAAGGAAAACUGAAAACAACUGUCAAACAGAAGUUAGUCUGGAAAAUAUUGUGUCAUGAUGAUGGGCACAGGCAAAGGUUGUAUAUUCUGGAGCCACUUUCCUUAUACUGACUCAGUCUGGGGACUGACUUUUCAUGCUUAAAAAUAGAGUAUUUAGUUUCCACAACUAUGCAACUGCAAGGACUGCUUUCUCUUUUAUUUUCUGUUUUUCCCUCCCAUUUCUAGAGGCCACAUAAAUGUUGUGUUAAACCACAGUUUACAGUACAGAAUGCAGACACCUGUUUAGUCUUAAAACUUUCUCUCCCCCAAGAGCUCUGUUGAGUUUGUCCUUUUUCUAGCUGGAAGUAUCUCUCAGAGUACAUUGCAGCUUUCUGGCCAAGAUUUCAAAAGUAAUUCUCAGAUUGCUUUUGAGGUGCUUAACUCAGGAGACCUUUAAAAGGCACACAGCAGCUGUCAGGCAGGUUUGGACUCUGGGGACAAACAGCAGGAAAUUGCUUAUUCUCCACUAGCAUGGCUUUGAGUUAGGGGGUACUGACGUGAUAAUGAUCAUUUUACAACUACUUCAGAAACAUGGUUUAGAAAUAUCGAGGUCUCCAAAUCCUGCUCCCAGCUGACAGAAUAGAGCCUGUAGGAUGUCACGGUGACACUAUGCCAGGUCUGGUUAUUUCUAAUUGAUUAAAUGCACUGAAAAGGCAUCCAGGGUUUGUUACAAAAUUUGAGAUGGAGAGCCAGUCCCUGCACUCUAACUUCAUUAUCCUCAUAAGCAAAGGUGCAGAUUUUAUAGCUGGCAUAAUUAGACAAAGAAUGUAAAUAGUAUGAGUGGCGUUUAGCAUAAAAUGUAACUUGAAUGCAGUCCAUGUCUGGUUGAGAGAGGAACAGAGCCACAAACCCUUUGAUGUAACAACGAGGCUUUGACAGGAAUAGAUUGGGUACAGUACUGAACCUGUAAUCUGCUCACUUUAUUGCACUAUAUCAGGAGGGCCUUACUUAUUUACUAUGUAGGAAGUGUUUUCAAUUUUAUAAGUAUCUGAAAUAAAUCACAGCUCGUAAUUAUGUAGCUUUGCUCCACAGAACUCCGUAACACUUGUAAGAACCUCUGGAAUUCAUAGGGACUGUGUUAAAUGGGAGACACCAAUCUUGCCUUUGUGCUCUAUCAAAUUCUGUCUUGGACUAUACUAACAAAGGCAGUCUGGAUAUUGCUUAUAAGGAUGUUUACUUUCCAUGCUGUUCUUGGAUUCUGAGCCAAAGCCACUGGAAUCAAAGGCAAAGACUCCCAUGUACACUCCAUGACUUCAGUAGUGUUCACCAUCUUAAACCAUUUUUCAUACCUGGAACACUCAGAGGAGUGACCUGUGCUCAAUCAUAGUUACCAGAAUUAAAAGUGAAACAGUUUUGUUUUUUCAAUUUUACAAAACGUAGUGUCUGCAGCAGCCUGGGUGGACAAGUUCAAGAGAUGGGUGUGAUGCUGAAGGCAAAUAUUCCAGAUAUCAGCUUGGAAUCUGGGCCCAAAGGCAUGACUUUAUGUGAAGGGAAGGCAGAAAUAAUUCUGAAGUUUCUUUGUCCAGUAAUUAGUUGCUUUCUUUUCCCAUGCUCAUAUGCUCUUUUGGAAAAAUAAAUAUUAAAAAUUCUGCUGCUGCCUUUAGUGCUGAAGAAUUGCCUUCCUUUUUUCUUGUUUUCAACUUUAUCAGUGUUAAAUCCAGCAGUCUGUUUAAAAAUAAGCUGAUGGGUUUGCUAGGUAGUGUUUUAUACUGUGCUCAUUUGUUUGUCUCACCACUGGCUUGGGUCCUUCCUUCUCCACAGUGCACUCAAUUUGCUGGUUAGUCAGGGAUGGGGUGCUGUGUUUCCUGCAGAAUUAUCAUCCACCUGGAUAGGAACUUACUACAAGACCCUACCAAAACCAUGCACAAGCUGUCAUUUUUUACGUCCUUUUCCAAAGGUGGAAGAAACUUGAGAAGCCACCUUUUCUGCAAUGGUUGUUCUACCAAGUCAAGACACAAACUGUGAGGAUUUCUCUCUUAUGAAUGUGAAGUCAUUGCAGUCAUCUGUCUUUCACACAUGCAGCUUUGCUCUUCCAUUAAAAAGAAAUGGGACUGCAGAAGCAAAAACAUGGGUGAAAAUUGGGAUCAGAGAUGUUACGUUGAAUGAGGACUUUGACACUUCAGGGAAGUACAGAAACUGUUGGUUCCCAGAAACACCAUAGGAAGAGGAGUGGUGUGUUCUUUUGGAGAAUUAUCAGAUUGCAAUUAAGUCUUCAAAGCUGGUACAUGAGAAGAAAGAAGGAAAUAUCAUAGUGGUUUUCAGCUUGUACUGGUCAGAGAAGUCUCUUGAGCUGUCCAAACCAACGGACAGUAAGUCACAGAAAAUUCCCCUUUAUUUUCCCUUCUGCCAGAUUUCAGAUGACUAAAUCAAAGGUAAUCAUUAUAAAAACAAGGUGAGGCAAGAAUGUAUUUUUGUCCAAGAAAGUUGAUAUUUCUGUCCUAUAAAUUACAUACACAUUCUGCAUCAGCUCCUCUUGUUUUGGAGGCUGUGGUCCAAAUACCCCUCACUGUAAGAGUUCGGUGAAACAUUUAGACUGAAUUAAGUAAUUGUUUUGCAUCUUAUCCUUUCAGAAAUUGAGACAAAAAUUGUUAUGGCUAAUAAUAGCACUUGCUAAUUAAUCUGUAACAAUUCUUUGAUGUGUGUACUAGGACUGUUUAUUAUAGAUUAACCCCUGUGACUUAACCCACUCCAUAAAGCGCCCAUCACCUUCUAGAACCUGACCUUGUCAACACAUAUUCCUCCACAUCUCUUUUUUGUAUUUUCAGUAAGUGACUUUUCAAACUCCCAAGUGGUGUCCCCCAUUCCAAAGGUAGCUUCGAAGACCAUCCUCUCUGUCACUGUGGUCAACAGUUGUCUCAAUCAACAGCGUGUUUGUUCACUGAAUGAAAACCAAGCUAAAUACUAUGUCCCUAGCCUGGAAUUCCUAUAGAAGGAGAGGAGGAAAAGCAUCAUCAGUGGAGGCCAUCAAGGUGACUGGGGCUGGGGCACGGUGCUGCCUCAUGAGGGGAGGCUGGAGGAGCAGCCUUCCAGUGGCUUUCAGGUCACUGGGGAGAUGGAGCCAGGUUCUUUGCAGGGCUGGGAAGAUGAGAACUAAUUGAGCUGGACUUGCAGCUCCAAAUCAGUGAAAACUGACUAAAAAUACUCUGAAGAAUGUGUCAUGGAAAUUGUCUUUUCUAAUAGGGGAAGGUAGAUAGUUGCUAGAGAAGGAGCUGUAAGCUCACACCCCACACCCUCUGGCACCACUUCCAUGUCAGGAAGGGCAGAGGGGAGGCAAUUUCACUCUCAUGGAAAGUUUUGAAAAUGUGGUGUAAUUCAUGCAUACACUGAAAGUUGUGCAGGCAUAGGCAAGACUGGCCUAACUGUAAUGUUUAGCAAGGACUCCUUAAAAACAAUUGAGGCAGUAAAAUGGUGCAUAUCGAUAAAGCAGAGCCAUAAAAUUACCUGAGAAAACCCCUGUCUCCAUGCAGGAAACAUGGAAAGUGGGUCAGCAUGCUUUGGUUUUGUGUAGACUAAGGUACACUGUCCAAAGUGUGACACUUGAAUGUGCAGGAAGCAACUGGGUAGAAAAAGGCAGGUGUAAGGAAAGGAGACUCAGAGGUCACCAAUAAAGAGAAACUCACACAUUUUACUGUUCCAACAGUGCUGUGUGUUGUGGAGUAAAAACACCAACGUUUUUAAUUCAGAACUCAACUUACUUCUAUACUUCAAUAUUCUGUUCUUCAUCUAGGCCCAGAAAUUUAUGGGUUGUUUUUUCAAAACCAGUAUUCAAAUCUCUUCUGUUACCUCUCCUUGAUUAGAGAUUCUACUGGCCUCAGCCAGUGCUCUGUUACUGAGUUUCUUCUUCAGACCAUGAUUUUACUAAGGAAGACAUUUGCAGCUCUGUAAUUCACUGUUAUUUUUCAAGCACAAAACUCUUAUUUUUUUUCCUGUUCUGGUGUGACAAGCAUGGAUUGCAGGAGCAGAAGUACCAGACACUGUUCUAUACCUUUUCCAGAUCCACAUGCCAGCUUUUCCUUAUCUCUACAGAGGGACAUCUUCAGUGUAGUUAAAUGAUGUCCAGGAGUGCAGGACACAGAGCCUAGCUUGUGACAGCCACAUGCAGGACACCAGGGUUUAGGCCCAGUCAACUGUUAAUUGCUAUUUUGCUCUUUUUUUGCUGCAGUUUUGUCUUUGCUGCUGCAGCUGUGGCUGAGGAUCUCAGGGGUGAGUCAGGAGGUGUCAGCAAUCGCUUCUGUCUGAGCCAACGUGCAGCCAGGCACAACAAAAUCUGGUUAUUGACUGCCUUUGGUCCUCCCUCACUUCCUCAUCCCUGGGAAUUUUGGAGAGGUGACUGAUGAGGGAAUUCUGUUCUUUCUGCAUGUCUGAGUGACCAAAACUGACAGCAAGCAGACAGGAAGGAAUGGGUUUACCAGCACGUCUCUGCAAAUUUAGCACUCUCCUUAACUUUCAUUUUUGCCCUCAGAUGGUCAGACUGGGAAAUUUUCCACCCUGCCCUGCCAUCAUUUGACACUGAGUCUUCCACUGGAGAGCAGGACAUGGUAAACAAAGCAUUGCACUUUCCACACUAAACUGCUGCCUUAAACUUACCUUAAAUCUGCAGAAACUGAAAAACAGUCCAGACUGGGCUGGGAUCCUACUUUUAUUUGCAUGUUUUCAAGUGCCAAGGCCUGGAUCUUUUGUUUUGCUUUUGGUGGAGUUAUCUCCACUUUAUCAGGAACAUUUUGAAAUAAGAAAGAAGCCUAUGAGGAAGGGGCUACAGUUAAUGGUGAAUAUCUUAAAGCCCUUAAAGGAAUAGUCAGCAAUCAGAAC